AUGAAUAAUACCAGAGAAGAAAUUAAAGACUUCAAAAUUUUUCGUGAAUUGAACUACAAAGAAGUUCGUAACUUAAUAAUGUCAAAGAAGUUAUAUGUCAACACGGUAGUAAAAAUUUAUGAUAGAGAUCGAAUAAAAAUUCCGAGUUCAGAAUUUUUACCGUUAAACGAUCGCAAAGAAUAUUUUUUCGAAUAUACUAUUCUUCACUUGGCUCUUUACGUAGAUGACGAUGAAUUCGUAGACUUCCUCCUGGAGAACAAUGCCGACACCAAGCUGGAGACAGAACAUUGA